AUGAAAUUAAAAAAAGCAACUGAUGGUGCUUAAUGUAUAAAUUCAAUCUCUAUUAAUAGAUGAAAAUGAAUAUAUUGCAAUCUAGGAAGAUAAGUUAUUAAAUAAAAUGAAGAAAAAAUAAGUAUACUUCUAAUUAUAAUCAAGGAACGAGAAUUAGAAUAAUUAAAAUUGUAUGAACAAUAAAAAGCAGAAUAAGAAAAACGUAAAUUCUCUCUAUUAGAACAAACUAAAUCUAAAUAAUAGUAAGUAGAAUAAGCUUUGAAAGAGAAGAAAUUAUUGGUAAAAAAAGAAUUAAUAUAAAUCUUAGAUAGAAAUGAAAAAAAAGGAGAAGGAAAAAGAGAAAUUGAUUUAAAUAUAAAAGAUUGAAUAAGGACGUUUAAAAGAAUUAGAAUAGAAUGAUUUAUUAAAAGAUAAAGUCAUGGAGUAACUUAAUGUUAAUAAAAAUAAUUAAGAAGCAAUCUUAACUGAUAGAAAUAAUAAGAAAUCAACUGUUAAAAAGUAAUAGAAGAAAUAAAUAUUAGGAUAGCAGAGGGAAUUGUUAAAACAUAAUAAGAAGAAAUUCUAAUUAAAAAAAUAUAAUUAGACAAAAAUUAGAAAGAAUAAGAGGAAAUUUUGAAAGAAUUAAAUGAUAAAAAAGAAUAACUAUUAAAUGAAUUGAAACUUGCAAAAAAAAAAUAAAUUAAAAAAAUUAAAUAGAGAAAUGAGGAAGAAAAAAAUGCAUAUUAUCAAGAGAAAUUAUAGAAAAUAGAUUAAUAUUAAAAGAAAUUAGAUGAAAUUGAAAUUAAUUAAUAAGUUAAAUAGGAAAUGUUGGAAUUGAAGAAGAAGGAAAAAUUAGAAAAGUUAAAAAAAGUUAUGGUAUAGAUAUUUCAAUAUAUUCAAUUAGUAAAAUUAUAAAAAAAUUAUGUCUGAGAAAAGUGAAAAAGCACAAUUAAAAGUAUAAUAAGUAGAAGAAAAAAUAAAUUAGAUUUAGGAAAGAAUGAAAUAGGCUGAAGAUAAGAUAGAGUUAUUUGAAAAAGAAAAAAAUAAUCAUAGAAGAAAUGUAUUAAUUAUUUAAUAAAUAGAUUAAAUCAAGGAAUGGUAAUAUUUUGAAUAAUAAGAAUGAAACAUUUUAGGAGAAAUUAAAGUUAAAAAAUGAAGAGCAUAUUAAAUCUAUAACUGAAACUUAAUCAUUAUCAAAAUUAAAAUAAGAAUAAGAAAGAUUAAGAAAGGAAGAAUAAAUAAAGGAACAUAAAAAGAAGGCUGCAGAAAUGCUUAAGGAAAUUGUCGAAACAAAAAAUAAAAAAUUAUAAGAUAAAUUAGAAAAAGCACAAUAAUUUAAAGAUGAUAAAGAAAAGUUAUUUUAAUAAUAAUAAAAGUUAGCAAAAGAUAUUGAACAAUAGAAAAAAUAAUUAUUACUAAAAAGUCCUAAAAAUUAAGUAGGAAUUUAAUGA